UCUCCACAGCAGUACAAUGUCACUUCAUAUGGGGCCACAACUGUAGCCAUCAUCACCCUGCAGACAUUUGCUGGCAUGUGGAUAAACGCUUUCAUUGUUUGUGUGCUCUGCAUUGCCUGGGUCAAAAAGAAAAUCCUGAAUUCUAAUGAGAAGAUCUUGCUGCUUCUKGGAUGUUCCAGGUUUUGGCAUUUGUGCUUCUCAUGGGUAUAUUCCUUUCUUUCAAUGAUUUAUCCCAAAUACUUUUAUGUUCAACCCACACAUAAACUUAUUUUAUCUAUUCAGAAUUUUUUUGAUUGUUCCAAUUUUUGGAUUUCUGCCUGUCUUUGUAUUUUUUACUGUAUAAAAAUUGCCAAUUUCAGGAACAGCUUCUUCAUCUACCUGAAAGUAAAAAUUGACAGGAUCGUGCCAUGGCUCCUGUUGGCRUCAGUGCUUUUAUCAUUGGCUAUCAGCAGCUCUCUCUACGACAUAAUUGAUAAAGCACAGUGUAACAACCGCAAUUCCACUGGGCGAAGAAAUUUUUCAAAAGUGAGUGGAAAAAUGGAUGAUGAUUUUUUCCGUAUUUAUUUUAUCUAUGGCUUUGGAUUUGUUGCUUCUUUCACAGCAGUCAUCUUUUCUGCUGUUUCCCUUAUCUUUUCUCUYUGGAGACACAAAYGCAACAUGCAGACAAAUUCUAUGAACAGCCUCAGCAUGGAUGCCCACAUCAAAGCCAUGAAAUCURUUCUCUCCUUCUUUACAAUAUAUACCAUAAACUUUGUAUUUUUGACCUUGACCCUGAUUCGUGCAACACGGGAGGAAAAUCCCUUGAUGUUCCUUAUUUAUGUAUUUCUGUAUGGUUUCCCAGGUGUUCAUUCCCUUAUUCUGAUUUUUAGCAAUCCUAAAUUGAAAAAUACACUCAUAAGGAUUCUAUGCUGUGUGAAAUGCAAGGUUUGCAUGAAGUAG